GCCUCCUGCAGAUCGAGGAGCAGCAGAGUCUCGGUGCAGAGUCUCAGUCCCGAGCUGCUCCACGAUGCAUCACGUCGCGCUCUGCUCCAGGACUCUGGCCGGGAGGCUCCUGCAGGGCCCGAGGAUCUGGACCCGGAUCUCCGGAUCUCCUGCAGCGAGGCGUGGACUCCAUGUGGACUCUCCGCCCAUCGUCCCAGUUCUCACGACCAGUUACGUCCACGGCACCUCGUCCACGUCUCUGCUCCACCUGACGGUGGCCGAGUCUCUGCUGAGGUCGGUGGAGCGCUUCCCCGACCGGGAGGCCGUGGUCUUUCUGCAAGAUGGAGUCCGCAAGACCUUCUCAGAGUUCCAGCAGGACGUGGACCAGGCUGCAGCCGGACUUCUGGCUCUGGGACUGAAGAAGGGCGACCGGCUCGGCAUGUGGGGCCCCAACACCUACGAGUGGAUCCUGUUCCAGUUCGCGACGGCCAAAGCCGGAGUGAUCAUGGUGGCCGUGAACCCAGCGUACCAGCAGCAGGAGGUGGAGUUCGCUCUGCAGAAGGUUGGGUGUAAAGCCAUCGUGUGCCCCACGCAGUUCAAAACUCAGAAGUACUGUGAUAUGCUGAAGAAGAUAUGUCCCGAGAUCGAGACGUCCACCCCGGGGGACAUCAGGAGCGCCAGACUCCCUGACCUGCGCACUGUGGUGGUUCUAGACAGCCGACAGCCUGGAAUGUUUCACAUGGACGACCUGAUGCAGGCGGGCAGCAGCCGCUUCAAGCUGCAGCUGCAGGAUCUGCAGAAGAAGAUCUCCUUCGACGACCCAAUAAAUAUCCUGUUCACUUCGGGCACAACUGGGAGUCCAAAGGGAGCCACCCUGUCCCAUCACAACGUGGUCAACAAUGCCUUCUUCACUGGUUUACGGGUCGGAUACACCUGGAGGCCUCACACCCGUAUCUGUCUGCCUGUGCCCCUGUACCACUGCUUCGGCUCUGUGGGGGGGGGCUUGUGUAUGGCCCUUCACGGCCUCACCCUCGUCUUCCCGUCCACCGGCUACGACGGUAGAGCCAACCUGGCCGCGGUGGAGAGCGAACGGUGCACCUUCAUCUACGGCACCCCCACCAUGUAUGUGGACAUGGUGAACCAGCCCGACUUGGCCAAAUUCGACCUGUCGUCACUGGAAGCAGGCAUCAUGGCCGGCUCCCCUUGUCCUCCAGAGCUCGUGAGGAAGGUGUCCUCUGACAUGGGCCUCAAAGAAAUAACAAUCGGGUAUGGAACCACAGAGAACAGCCCGGUGACGUUCUGCGCGUCCCCGAAGGACAACGCCGAGAGGAAGAGCGAGACGGUCGGCUACGUGCUGGACCACAUCGAGGCUAAGAUCGUGAACCCAGCGACUGGCGAGCUGGCGGCUCUGGGGACGACGGGGGAGAUCAUGAUCCGAGGAUACUGCGUGAUGCUGGAGUACUGGGACGACCCGGCCAAGACAGACGAGUGCAUCAGUAAAGACGGCUGGUACAAGACUGGCGACAUCGGCAGCAUGGACGCCUUCGGCUACUGUCGCAUUCAGGGCAGGAUUAAAGACAUGAUCAUCAGAGGAGGAGAGAACAUCUACCCGGCGGAGAUCGAGCAGUUCCUGCACACGCAUCCCAAAGUGAUGGAGGCUCAGGUGGUCGGAGUCAAGGACGCUUACAUGGGUGAAGAAGUCUGUGCUUGUAUCAAAGUGGUAGAAGGCGAGGAAUGCACUGCAGAGGAAAUCAGAGCUUUCUGCAAGGAUCAGAUCGCUCACUUCAAGAUCCCUCGCUACGUGCUCUUCGUCACCAGCUUCCCCGUCACUGUCACUGGAAAGGUGCAGAAGAACAAACUGUGCGAGGUGGCUGAGAAGCAGCUGGGAAUGUGAGAGGCGCCGCUCCCUGAGGUUCAACUCUGUUAACUGAGCUCAGACUCAGAAUGUGAAGAUCCUUUUUUUUUCUUCUUGCAGAAACAUAUUUUUACAUCAAGAUGAAUAAAAUUUUGUAUGAGAUUAUUAAAA